CCCCCACCCAGCUGUAUCUUCUUCUUUGCAGGCUUGUCCACCUCUGCAUAAUUGUCAUUACAUUCUCUCCGAGGUUGCCCCUCCACUCCGGCUAUUGUUGUAUCCAUAGUUACCUCCUCAAUGGGGGGUGCUGCAGGCCCAUUACCUCUGGGUCUCUGCACUAGAGUGUAUCUUCUAUGAUACUUUUGUUUCAACCUGCAUCUGCAGUAGAUGCAGCAGACUAAUGCAGUCACUGCACCAACUAUUGCAAUGAAAAAUAACGAUAUGAACAACGGGAUAUUUUGGACACCAUUACAGUAAAACUCAUCGGGACAUUCUGUUACGUGUGGAGAAAUAGUUGGUGUCGAUAGAUCAAAUGAAUACAGAUCAGUUUCUGUAAGUGUUGACGUUGUUACUGAUGGCAUUAUGGUAGACUCAGACAAUGGCUGCAUUGUUGCAGAAACGGUUGCUCCAUCGAUGCUUGCUGUACGUCGUACUUGUGUUCAUCAUCACAGUAUAGAACUAGCUGGGUUAGUGACAUUAGAGGUGAUCAUCAUCACUGUCAUUGUGACUCAAUGAAGUUCUUGAUGUUAUCAAUUUGAGAGGCAAGUUGUGUGUGAGAUGUGAAAAUCAUAGCAAGGGAAAUGAAUAAAACACCAGCCCCUCCUUUUACUUUUGCUGGACCUGCCUAUACUGAGUGCAUGCAGGCUAAAAGAAUGUUGCCGUCGUCAGAUUGUGUGGUGAGUAACUCUAUCGCAAGUCAGUGGAGGACCAGGAGAGGAGCAUCCUAGAGAGGAACAGGAAGAUACAGCACGCCAUUACGGAUGCAUCGUCAGUCAGACUAUCCUGACUGAGCUCAUGCAGGGUAGCACUGAGCAGUUUCCAUCAGGAAGGCCAUCAAGUUCGAUAACCGGCGGGUAUUUAUGAAUUGGAUUUUACAGAAAAUUCCCUAUAGAGUUGACUCUCAAUGUUCUGGACAAGGAGCUCAAGACACUCACAAAACCAAUACAGUUUGGGGUUUGCAACCCGAUUUUCAGAACUUCAAAAAUCCAUACAAACAUUGUUGUAUAAACAGAAAUUCAAGCAUAGAAUUAGAAUGGAUAGAUUCAUUGCCAGCAUUCGCCGGAAAUACGAAGAAAGACUCUUGAAUCGUGAAGAACAAUGGCCACCUGUUAGAGGGGACAGGCUCAUCAACUUGCAGUUAGUGGAGGCUGAAAAAGAAGAAGGAUUUAGAGCCGGCUUACCACAACAUGGUACACCUGAUGAUAAGGUCAAACGUACUCCAAUUCUCCAUGACAACCUAUUCAAAGUCGAAGAAGGUAGGAAACCAGUCAAGAAGCUCAUCGUUGAAGGCAAUGCUGGGAUUGGUAAAACCACACUGUGUACCAUGCUUGCUGAAGGGUGGGCAGAGGGCAAGAUCCUGACACGAUUCGACUGUGUUUUGUUAUUUCCACUGAGAGAAAAUCGAGUGUCCUCUGCCACAAGUCUUGCUAAACUGUUCAAACUUCUCCACUCCAGUAAGAAAAUCCGAGCAUCUGUUAUAGAAGAGUUGGAGGAGAGAGAGGGAGACGGUGUCCUCAUCUUAGCUGAUGGCUGGGACGAACUCAGUGUAGAAAAUCGUUCCAAAAUAUCCUUUCUGUAUGACCUUCUAUUUGGUGAUGUUCUUCCAUUUGCUUCUGUUCUCCUCACCUCACGACCUUCUGCUUCAGCUCCUCUUCACGACCUUCCUUCUGUGGACCGUUUAAUCGAAGUAGUUGGCUUCAAUGAAGAUAAUAUAAGACAGUACAUAGUAUCAGAGUUUGAGCAAUUCCAAGAGAAAGCUUCUUCUCUUAUCGAGCAGCUUGAGAACAACCCAGUCAUUCAGAGUGUGUGUUCUGUGCCCCUCAAUUGUGCCAUUGUUUGUAACUUGUGGCACACUUUAGACCAAGAGCUUCCUCGUACGCUAACUGAGCUGUACACUCAAAUUGUUCUUAGCAUUAUCUUUCGCAAUGCCAAAAAGAAGUUAUCUGAUUGUCUAUCUCUAAGUAGCUUUGACAAGAUUCCAACAGAUCUACAAGACACAUUUUGGUUGAUCUGUGAGUUUGCCUACAAGUGCUUAUUAUUAGAUCAGCUGGUUUUCUCAGAAGCUGAAUUGUCCUCCCACUUGCCCGAAGUUGGUGACAAGUUGCAUUGCUUUGGUUUGUUGCAGUCUGCACGAUCACUUCUACUUGUUGGCCAUGGUCUGUCUUUUCAUUUCGCUCACCUGACCAUCCAGGAGUUCUUGGCUGCCCUCCAUCUUGCUACUCUACCCAAUGAGGAGAAACUGAAGGUUGUUGAGGCUCACGCUAUGAGUCGCCGGUUUGAUACGGUGUGGAGAUUUAUGUUUGGUCUUGCUAGUAGUUGUAGUGAUAAGGUGAUCCGUUUGGAUGAUAGUUUGAUGGAUAAAUUUCUGUUUCUGAUGGUUAAAGAGUUCAGAAAGUUGCUUUUAUGUCUUGUGGCUUUCGAAGCUUCAGAUCCUAAGUUUUCAACAAAAGUUUGUAAAAUGUGUCGAGAAAAACUUAGUCUAAACAAUAAUAUUUUAGACAAUGAUUUCAUUCCCUUUGAGCAGAGGAAAUUUGAUAGUCGCAUACAUUGUGUAGCUAGGUUAUAUGUUCUUCGUCAUGCUGCACAAUUUGAUGAUAUGGUUAUCGAAAUACAUGAUUUUGUAAUCGACGAUAAGCUGUUGAAGGAACUAACUGAUAUACUAUGUAAUGCAAAUGGUAAACUGCAAGUUCGAAGCGUAAUUUUCAAGGAGAUUAAAUUGUCUGAAGAAGGUGUUGCUGAUCUAUUCAAGAGAGCAUCAGUUGCCUUUACAGCUUUAGAUUACCUAUUGUUGUGUGGAAGUAACUUCUCUAACAUUAUGUCGUCAUUCAUGCACACAUCUUGCACUAGCCUGACACAACUGCACUUAUCUCACAACCUUCUUGGAGUGUCUGGUAUACAGUCAUUAGAGACAGCUGUACAGUAUGGUACUCUUAUUAACCUGAAGGACCUGGAGCUCUCCAACACCCUCACUGAGGAUGCUGACGUCAAUGGAGCUCUACUAACAACCCUCUUACAGUCCAUUGCCUCUCACUGUCCUGAUCUGAGAAUUUUAUACCUCUCUAAAAACACGCUUGGCUUACCUGGAUUAUGUUCCGUUGUGGAAAACAUUCCGUUAGUAUUAAAUGAAGUUUAUUUAUGGAAUACCCAUCCUACCACUUCAUUUCACUCAGAGCCUCAAUACGCAGUCACCUGUGAGAUGUUGAAUCUUCACCCAAACUGUUUAACAACGAUGGACUUGCAUAGCUCUAAUUUCCGAGGAACUGCUGGAACUCUUUUGCUGGCAAAGUUUCUUCAAGCAUUUCAAUCACUGGAACGUCUUGACUGCUCUAACUGUUCUCUCACCUCUGCCGACAUCAUAAUGCUUAUCCACCAUCUUAAGUCCAAUAAUGUGAUAUGUAAGAAUUUACAUUGGUUGAAUCUCAGGGCCAACUCCAUUGUGGGAGUGAUGGCUCUCACUGAGUGUCUACCAGAGCUGUUUCCUAGAUUGGACAACUUCAAUUUCAGUGACCUGAGUGGCGUUCUUCUCCAUGGUAAUCCUGUGAGCAUAAGGCUCAUAAAUAUGUGUAACGAACAGUUGAAGGCCUCAAAGGAAUUAAGGGAAGCAGCAGUGUUGAAUGAGGGGGAGAGAAUGUGUUUACCUCCACAAAAUGAAGAAAUAAAUCAUAUUUUGCGUUCUUGGGAUACGCUACUGUCGGAGAUGAUUGACAUCUUCAUGGACAUGUGUAGCCCUUCUUCUAUCUAUUUGGAUAAUCUUCUUUAUGAUGAUGAUAAUGACCCAGUAGAACAUCACCCAAUAGAUGAGGUUGUGGAUACAGUAGACACUCCUAGUGAUGUCACUGAUCCAGACACUCUCAUCAAUGAACAGAGCUUCUCUCAGGUAUCACCAGUAGAGCACCACCCCACAGCUAGUGACGAGGCUACUUGUACUACAGCCCUGCAGUCUACACACGGAACAGACCAACAUACAACAGCGCACACGGAAAUACCAUCGGAUAUCACUGAAUUAGGAGAUACAUCACAAGAUGUCCACACUUCAUAUCCACAUACCAUAACCUCAGGAGCUGGUGGACCGAGGACUGUGACCAUUGAGGAAUUGAAGGAGCGUACAAAAGUGACUGACUCUCAACUUGACACUGAAAUUAAAGAGACUGACAUGAUUGUUCUGGCAGCUCACUUCGACAAUGUGGAGACCUACCCUGUACAACUGGGACUGAACCCUGCUGAACAUCAAACUGUUAGAUCCUUAUCAUUGCAAUAUGACAUUCAAACUGCGAUGGACAAGGCCUUGAGACUGUGGAGACAGCAUAAUCCAGGGGCCGCUACUUACAGAGCUCUGGUGAUGAUUUUGUUGAGAAUAGGAAAGGAAGCAUUGGCAUAUGACAUUUGUCAGUCAGCAGCUAAUGUUUGAAUCCAGUUCUUCUUUCUCCUUGCGCCUGCUUGUGGUCCUUCACAGUACCUCCUCUGCAUGUAAGUCCAUAUGUUGACAGUUACCAUUCUCUAGAGCUGUGCCGAGGGUUUGAGCCUCUUCAUGGUAGAGGCUAGUAUCACUGACCUGCCACUUUAGGAAGAUGAAGUCUGGUCGCAGUAAUUUGGUCACUAGAUCACAUGCUACUGGUCUGCACUCGGGAUCAGGAUGCCUGCAGUUAUAGGGGGAAUUAAUGCAAACUUCGUCAUCAUGGCCUUCCAAUAAAAAUGUUCUUUGGAUAUAUUUUUAAAGGAUCAUUCAAAAUAAUUAUUGUCCCUAAUAUUAUAAUUAUAUACAUAGGAUUUUAUGGACAAUUUCAUGGACCAAACUGUAGUAUUUGUAACGUAAGAUCUAGACUCAUCGUCUCUAUAAUGCAACAUGUACAGAUGAUUAAACGUCUUGAUCUUUUGAUAGAUUGAACGUACUAGCAGUCGAUCAUGAUGCUGUAGAUAGGGCCUGGGGCAACCAAGGGGUGGGGGCAGCCCCUUAACACUGGUCACUGCUUCUAUAUUGUCUGCAAUAUAUAGCUACUUAGCUAAUUGCAAUCAGUAUAAGAUGUUUACCAUAAUUAUAGAAUCCAGAAAUGUUAAAUGAUCAUAAUAAUUAUUGAUGUUUGUGCCUUUAAUUAACUCAGUGGCGCAAUUUCUCAAUGGGGGGGACUCUAGUUUUUUUUGUAUGCAAAAAAAGUACGUCUAUCUACAUAGUGCAGCUUGAUAAGCUAUCUCUACUUAAUAGCUUAGAAUGAUGAGGGGGGGCUCUAUGUAGCCCCGGAGCCCCCUUCCUACGCCACUGUAACUCCAUAUGAAUAUAGAAUUAAUUGUGUUGCACUAUAUAUACAUACCUCAGCGUUAGUAAGAUAAGAGAACGGCUUCUCCCCCAGUGUCCACAUCUCGUAGAGCACACAGCCGUAGCUCCAGACAUCACUAGCAGACGAGUACUUGCGAUAGUUGAUAUAGCCUCAGGGGCCGUCCACUUGAUAGGAGACUUUCCCUCCGUGGGAACGAUAGUACUCCUCAUUCUGAAGGUUUCGAGACAGUCCAAAGUCAGCAAUCUGAAAGUAAUAAGUGGCAUGGAAGUAGUACAGAUGCAUGUACACACUGCACUACUUUCAAGGAGAGAUAACCCAACCCACUUACCACUUGUCAGGUGAAACUCAUGUGCAGCCGUUUCAGUUGAUACAGCGGCAGAUCACCACUGUCAACACUGAGUGUAUGGUGUGUGUGUGUGAGCGAUACAGGUACAUAAAUAAAGAGUGGAACCUCUCAAUUUAUUGAAAUGCUUAUAGUGAGUAAUUUAAUGAUAAUAAUUAUGUGUUUCUACAGAUCAACAACCAGUUUCAACUUUGGAGGAAAUUAAGUAAUCACGUAAUACACAUGCAGUGAUUAUCACCAUACCAUAUCACCAUCCAUUAUAAUUCCUUGUAUUCGCAGAAUGUUAGCCUGCUUGAACUGACCCAUAAUGGCCACCUUUUGUAAGAACUUCACCUUGUCCUCUUCGCUAGUUUCCUCCGUCAUAGUCUUCAUGGCCACUUCACACGAUAUCUCUCUCCCUCUCUCCUCACGAAGCCACACACCCUUAGUAACCGUGCCGAACUGACCACUGCCCAGCACCUCCAGCAGUCUGUGUGAAGAGGGAGGGGGGGCAGUGGUCAUGCAUGGAUGGAUACAUUAAUUGUAUAUACAGAGUUUUCACACAUUUAUAUAAAAUAAAUCACAAAAUAAAAUUGUUGUCCCCUGUUCAGUUGCGUCGUCAGAUGAGGCUGUGUCUAUCACAAGUCAGUGGAGGACCAGGAGAGGAGCAUGCAUCUUAGAGAGGAAGAGGAAGAUACAGCACACCCUUAUGAGUGACGGGUGUGGCUACACUGAACCCUUGAAAUAAAGACACUUGACCUUUGCAUUACUAUCGGGAAAAACAAGCCCCAACUCAAUCUGUUUAUUAAAAAUUAUCUGCACCAACAAUAAACAGUACACGUCCACUUUUCGUAGUUUCAAAAUUGUCUGUAUUUCCAGCAUGUUUGUAUUAUUAUAUUCUCCCCACUAA